AUGUCUGGUCAUGGCGAACCCCGACCUACGACGGCUGCCCAGCGCGGGUCCAGUGCCCCCGCCUCGAUGGACCAUCAUCGUUCGAAGGUGGAGGUCAAUAUGACGGCGCAAAUGACUGGGGACGAUGAAGAUCCCGAUGCAGGCAUGUUCUCGUUCAUGCCGCCGGUCCAGGAAGCUACAGAACCGAGUGUCUCUGGGCAAACUGCCGCGUCUCCGCUUCCCCUCGACCAGGCGCGUGUCGCAACUGCCCACGAGCCAAUGUCUGCGGUAGACGUGCAACCACUAUCCGCCUUGUCAGAUCCCGACUCGACGAUGUCACCGGCUGCUGCGUAUGCCCUUGCCGCCCAGCAUGGCGCCCUCGACGGGAAUCUACGGCCCGCAACCAGCUAUCGCCAAGGGUGGACCAAGCCCGAGAUGCCAGAUGGUCGUUUUGCAGAAGGAGAAUACGAUGAAUCCCGAGACAUCCAAUUUGGAGAGUCACGCCGGACGAGCGAAGGCACCCACGAACUCGGCGAGCCUUUCCAAUUCGCCACCGAGCGACAAAUUCCCCCUGGCACGGCGCAAUCUGCAUCUCCGUUCGCAUAUCGACUCUCAGCAACAGCUGUCCAGCUGACCGAUUUCGGCGGCGACGGAGGUCCAGGACAUGCAAGUGAUGACGAUAAGAGUCCCAUCGGAGAUUUAGAGUUCCCGGUCCGUCGUCACUUGGAGGAGGAGGAGGAGUACGAGGACGAUGAUGAAGAUGAGGAUUCGCCAUAUCCGGAGGUCCGAGCCAGCGUCUCAAACUAUGACGACCCCACCACGCCCUGCGUCACGUUCCGAACCAUUCUUCUCGGCUUCCUCGUCACCGUCCUUGUCAGUGCGGCGAAUGCAUACCUCUACUUCCGCUAUCCGGCCCCCUUGAUCACUCCGAUCGUCGUCCAGCUCAUCACGUACCCCGCGGGGAAGUUCCUGGCUUGGACGCUGCCGACGCGCGAGUUCAGGUUGCCCAAGAUCUGCUCUAGAAUGGGAUUGAGCGAUGAAUUCAGUCUCAAUCCCGGUUGGUUCAAUAUCAAAGAGCACACCGUUCUUGUCAUCAUUGCAAACGUCGCAACUGGGCCAGCCUACGGUCUCAACUUCAUGAUCACAGCAGAGAAGUUCUAUGACAUCUCGUACAGCUUCGGCUUCGACAUUUUGUUCAUCCUUACGACCCAGAUUGCGGGCUUCGGUGUUGCGGGCUUGUGUCGUCGUUUCCUUGUAUGGCCGGCGGCGAUGAUCUGGCCGCAAAAUCUCGUCUACUGCACCUUGCUCAACACUUUGCACGCCGAAGACGAGAAUGAACCCGGAGGAAGGGUCUCGCGAUUUCGCUUCCUGACCUACGUGCUACUCGCUGCUUUCUGCUAUUAUUUCAUCCCUGGUGCGUAUUCUUCCUCAAUUCUGCUCAAUUCUGCGCCGUGCUCAUAGCCACUUCAUUAAUUCUGAGGACAGGGUUUCUCUUUCAAGCACUCUCGGCAUUCUCCUUCGUUUGUUGGGCUGCGCCCAGUGAGUGACGCCUACACUCGAAUAUGGCCAGGGGACUCUAUGCAUUUGCUAACUCCGCCGUUCAUAGACCACCUGAUUGUAAACCAGCUGUUUGGCGUCAAUUCAGGACUCGGUGAGCUGCCGGAUAUCACGCUGUAUUAUGAACGACGCGAUGGUUUCGGUGCUGAACUUGAAUAACCUGCUCGCAGGCAUGUCUGGGCUUACCCUUGACUGGGCACAGGUCUCGUACAUUGGUUCACCGCUUGUCAUUCCUUGGUGGGCAAUUGUCAACAUCUUCACGGCCUUCGUAGUCGCUUUUUGGGUCCUAGCGCCAAUCUUAUACUACAAUAAUGUGCGUGAACGGUCGUGCAUUCGUACCUGCCCAGGAGUUAUCACUUACGUUCAAUCCUCUUCACAGGUAUGGGACAGCGCCUACUUGCCGAUCUCGACCUCCGCCGUCUUUGACCGAUUUGGGGCACCUUACAAUACUUCCAUUGUCAUCAACAAGGCCACUCUUUCACUGGACUUCGAGGCCUACCAAGCUUAUUCGCCCAUGUAUCUUCCCAUCACCUAUGCCAUCUUCUACGGGGUCGGUUUGAUGACAGCCUCAGCGCUCAUUGUUCACACUGCCUUCCACCAUGGACCCGACAUUGUUCGUCGGAUCAAGGCGUCCACCAUACAAGAUGACGACAUUCAUAUGAAGCUCAUGCGCGUCUACAAGGAGGUUCCCGAGUGGUGGUACCUUAUCGUAGCCGGUGUGGCCCUAGGGCUGUCGAUUUGUGCAGUCGCCGUAAGUCUGAAGUACGACUGAGUAGUGUCGGUCGCAAGGAGUUGGCUACUCACAUCGAUGUGGCUUGCGCAGGCAUUUGAUACAAGGAUGCCCGUGUGGGGAGUUAUACUUGCCCUUGCGCUUUCGACGCUCUACACCAUUCCUGGAGGAUUUGUCUAUGCGCUGGCCAACGUGGUGGUAAGCCGGAAGCACAAGCCUGCCGGUGCGGUGCUCGUGCUGAUGGACGCCUGUCUUCUUUCAGAUUUCAAUCAAUUUGGUCACCCAAAUUGUCGGGGGUUAUUUAUUUCCUGGGCAGCCUUUGGCCAACAUGGUCAGUUCUUAGCACUUGCUCAGUAUCCCAUCAAGUGUUGACCUUCCGCCCACCAGAUUUUCAAAACAUACGCUGCGCAAUCGCUCAAUGUGACGCUCGCUUUUGUUUCGGAUCUCAAGCUGGGUCAUUAUCAGAAAAGUAGGUCCACGGUCACGCUUUUGGCAAAUGUGAACGUUCCUGAUCUCCGUGUUUCAUUUUGUCCCGCAGUUCCACCUCGCAUAACGUUUUACGGUGAGUGGUUAUUCGAAUGUAAUAUCCUGCCACGAUGCUGACGGUGGUUUUUAUUCGGCUCGCACCUAGCGCAACUUUCAUCGACAUUCCUGGCCUGUUUCGUCCAGGUUGGAGUGAAGCGACUGCUUGUCUCAAACGUUCCAGACUUUUGCUCGCCAACCCAGGCGUCGCAUUUGAUCUGCCCUGGAGCACGAGUGUUUUACUCGUCGUCCAUCGUAUGGUAAGGGCAAACAUACCGGGCCAUAUCACCGUGGCAAAUGCUGAUGCUUUCGUUCACCCACUCUUCAAGGGGACUCAUCGGACCACAGCGCAUAAUUGGCGUCGGGGCGUAUUACUCGAAGCUACUGUGGUGGCUGUUACCCGGCGUACUUUUGCCGAUCGUUGCGUGGCUUGCAGCACGGCGUUUUCCACGCAGUUUCGCGCCUUUGAUCAACUUCCCGGUCGCACUGGUUGGUGAGUGACACAAUCAAUGGUACAGGCUUAUCGCGAUUUAGGUUGGACUGACCGAACUUCGAGCCGAUGUGCAGGUAUUCAACUUGUCCCUCCCGCUACUGGAAUCAACUACGCAUCGUGGUUCCUGGCCGGCUUCGUCUUUCAGUAUCUCUUGCGUCGUCACCGAUUCUUAUGGUGGUCCAAGUACAACUUUGUAUUGUCAGCCGGGCUCGAUAGCGGUACCAUCAUCGGCGGCAUCGUCAUCUUCCUUGCCUUGGUGCUUCCAAAGGGCGGGACUAUCUGUGAGACACAUCCUUCGUCUACAUACUUGCUUCGCAGAGCACCGGCGCUGACGCUUCACUUCAAAUGCUUUUUUUUGGUACCACCUUCCAGUCGUUGAUUGGUGGGUUGUGCGGUCGCUUCACUUUUGUCUUCCUCAGUUCUGACGUCCACCCUGCUUUGUGUGUACAGGUGGGGCAACACGGUGUUCACGAAUACGCUCGACUUUUUGGGCAACUCUUUCAAGGUGCCGCCCGAGGAAGGAUUUGGGCGAACGACGUGGAAUUGA